AGAAAGUUUGGGAAGUUUCACACGAGCCGUUCGCGUGCAGUUCCAGAUAUAAAUAAGACCCACACGAAGCCCAAACCAGUCAGACGCAUCGUCCGCUGGCAGCCGGUGAUCUCAGAUUCAGUGACAUCCUUUAGGCUGUCGCUCAUUCACGGGACACCCGUCUUCCGCAUUUCAACCCAGAGCGGAUUUUUGUAUCAACAGGAUUUGGACUUAAAACAAGACUACACUCAGGAAGCACGUUGUUCCCCGUCAUUAAUCACCAGCAGUGGACAAUUUUAUCAAUUUGCAGUGGUGCGCUUCUGGGAUAUUUGUGACUCAAGAUGCCUGCCGAUAUGAUGGAAAAAAACUCAUCCUCUCCGGUGGCUGCAACACCAGCGAGCAUGAACACUACACCUGAUAAACCCAAGACUGCUUCAGAGCACAGAAAGUCCUCUAAACCUAUUAUGGAGAAAAGAAGAAGAGCCAGAAUCAACGAAAGUUUGGGACAGCUGAAAACACUCAUCUUGGAUGCACUGAAAAAAGAUAGCUCCAGACACUCGAAACUUGAAAAGGCGGACAUCCUAGAGAUGACGGUGAAACAUCUCCGGAAUCUUCAGAGAGCUCAGAUGACGGCUGCCUUGAACACCGACCCCACAGUGCUUGGGAAAUACAGAGCUGGUUUCAGUGAAUGCAUGAAUGAAGUCACACGUUUCCUUUCGACCUGUGAAGGGGUUAACACUGAGGUCAGGACACGGCUUCUCGGUCACUUGGCCAGCUGCAUGACGCAGAUCAAUGCUAUGAACUACCCUACCCAACAUCAGAUCCCUGCUGGCCCUCCUCACCCCUCUUUUGGCCAGUCCAUGGUACAGAUCCCCAGCUCUCCUCAAGCGAACGUCAUGCCCAUGCCUUGCAAAGGCAGCUCUCCAUCAAAUUUACCUUCAGACGCUACAAAAGUGUACGGAGGCUUCCAGAUUGUACCUGCCACAGAUGGACAGUUUGCCUUUUUGAUCCCGAAUGCAGCUUUUGCGCCAAAUGGUCCGGUUAUCCCCGUGUACGCCAACAAUGUCAGCACACCGGUUCCUGUUGCGGUCUCCCCAGGCGCACCAUCAGGCAAUACAGACUCUGUGUGGCGACCCUGGUAAAAUCACUGGACUAAACUGAAAAACUUGUUGACACUUCUCUUUUUUUGUUCAAUGUUACAUGAGUUUGUUUGGAUCGUUUUUGUAUUGCAAUGCGUAAAUGAAAGAUGUAUGCACUAUAUUUGUAUAGACUAUACGGAAGUGAAGUUCAUAUUGAAAUGAAAUUUGUAUUGUUUAAGUCAUGUUCACUGCAUU